UACUCUCAAGCUUCGAAUCUCUCUUCCCCCUUCUAUUUCUCCUUUCCUUUCCUUUAAUGGCGAUGUCUCCAACUACUAAUCUUCCCAACAACUCCUCCUACUUCACAUUCUCCUCCUCCUCCUCCACCUCUGCUUGCGCGUCCAUGGUUCUCUUUCAUUUCCUACUCACCUGAUCUUUUUUUUUUUCACCUCUAAACGCUGCCAAAAAUCACCUGUAAGCUUACCAUAUAGUACAUACUACUGUUAUUACAAGAAGAGAAAAUGAGUUGCAUUAAUAGAGGAUUAUCUCUUUCUAUGGCUCGUUUGUUAAUUAUUGAGUUGGUCUUACUUGGGUUAAUCUCUGAUUUCACUCCUGCUCAAUGCAACACUGAUUCUACUGAUGUUCAAGCUCUUCAGGUUCUGUACACUUCAUUGAACAGUCCUACAGAGUUAACAAAUUGGAAUAUUGACAGUGGUGAUCCAUGUGGAGAGUCAUGGAAAGGUGUUACUUGUGACGGCUCGGCUGUUGUUUCCGUUGGUAUUUCUGGAUUAGGAUUAUCCGGAACAAUGGGAUACUUGCUCAAUGAUCUUAUGUCCUUGAGAACUCUUGAUUUGAGCAACAACAAAAUUCAUGAUACAAUUCCGUACCAAUUGCCACCGAAUCUUACGAGCCUGAAUGUUGCAGGUAACAACUUAAGUGGGAGUCUUCCUUAUUCCAUUUCCAACAUGUUUACUCUUACUUACGUCAAUGUAAGCCACAAUUCACUCUCCCCGUCUGUUGGAGACAUUUUCGCUAAUCUUCCUGACCUCGGUACCUUGGAUAUUUCUUUCAACAAUUUUAGUGGGGAUCUGCCUGUUUCGUUCAGCUCAUUGAGCAAUAUUUCAUCUCUGUAUGUGCAGAACAAUCAAUUUAUCGGCUCUAUUAAUGUCCUCUUGGGUUUACCUUUGAAAACUCUAAAUGUUGAAAAUAAUCAAUUCAGUGGAUGGAUUCCUCAAGAGAUUCUUUCACUCCCGACUUUUAUAUACGAUGGCAACUCCUUUGACAAUGGACCAGCUCCUCCUCGGCCACCAUUUAGUCCACCUCCAUAUGGUAGAUCUCGUAAUAGACAUAAAACUGGAUCAGGAACUCGUAUAUCCCCCACUUCUGAUGCUCAAUCAUCAGAGUCGGAUAACAAACCAUCAGCUGGACAAAUUGUAGUCAUAGCUCUUGGUUCUUUUUUGGUAGUUGCACUGGCACUACUUGCUGUUGUUUUCUGCAUCCGUAAAAGUAAACGAAAAGUGAGCGGCACAAGAGCUUCGAGGGGAAGUCUUUCAGUUGGCUCCAAUGAAGGACAUACUGAGAUGCACGAUCAAAGGGUUAAAAGUGUUGCUACCGUUGUAGAUUUGAAACCCCCACCAGCUGACAAAGUGAUGGUAGAUAAGAUUUCCAAAAGCGGAUCUAUAAACAGAAUGAAGUCUCCCAUCAUUGCUGCAUCAUAUACCGUAACAGCUUUGCAAACAGCAACAAAUAGUUUUAGUCAAGAAUACAUUAUUGGUGAAGGUUCCCUCGGUCGUGUUUACAAGGCAGAGUUCCCAAAUGGAAAGACAAUGGCUAUUAAAAAGAUAGACAAUGCUGCAUUAUCAUUACAAGAGGAAGACAAUUUUCUGGAAGCCGUCUCCAAUAUGUCACGCUUCAGACAUCCCCAUAUUGUUGCAUUGGCUGGAUACUGUGCCGAGCAUGGACAGCGUCUUCUAGUAUAUGAAUAUGUAGGAAAUGGUAGUCUUCACGAGGUGCUGCACUUUUCUGAUGAUGACAGCAAGACAUUUAGCUGGAAUGAACGUGUCAGAGUGGCGCUCGGCACUGCCCGUGCUUUAGAGUACUUGCACGAAGUGUGCUUGCCUUCAGUUGUACAUAGAAAUUUCAAGUCAGCAAACAUCUUACUUGACGAAGAGCUCAAUCCUCACUUGUCCGACUGUGGUUUAGCUGCUCUUACACCAAAUACCGAGCGACAGGUUUCCACACAAGUGGUUGGUUCUUUUGGUUAUAGUGCUCCCGAAUUUGCAUUGUCGGGAAUAUAUACUGUAAAGAGCGAUGUGUACAGUUUUGGAGUGGUGAUGUUGGAGCUGCUGACUGGUCGGAAACCACUGGACAGUUCAAGGGUGAGAUCGGAGCAAUCACUCGUCAGAUGGGCCACUCCGCAACUACAUGAUAUCGAUGCCCUUGCAAAAAUGGUCGAUCCUACCCUCAAUGGCAUGUAUCCUGCAAAAUCUCUGUCGCGUUUUGCCGACAUCAUCACUCUGUGUGUUCAGCCAGAACCUGAGUUUCGGCCUUCCAUGUCCGAGGUUGUACAAGCAUUAGUGAGAUUAGUGCAGAGGGCAAGCGUUGUCAAAAGGCGACCGAGUGAGGAAUCGGGAUUUGCAUACAAGACUAUGGAUCAUGAAGCAGGGGACCUGUCGUUUUAAUGCCUGGUGAAACUACAAGCUAGAAACUGAUGCCUCACGAUCAUGUAUGCGUUAUGUUGCAGUCUAGAGUCUAAGGUGACUAAAGUAGCACAUAAGUUAAUCAGAAAGGAUGCGGGAAACCAUUAAAAUCCAGUCAAUCAAAGGAAGUUUAUGUAAUUAUCUCUCUCAGAUUGACACUUUUUCAGUUUAUAGUGUUUACAGUGCUGAUAUAUAGGUGUAUUAUUGAACAAUAUGGUGAACAUUCAUGUUUUGCAUCUUAAUAAUGAUAACAAUUUUCUUUAAUUCAAGAA